AUGGAUCAACAAGUCCAGCUGCUGUCCGGAGGAGAAUUACAAAGAGUUGCUCUGAUUGUCGCAUUGGGCAAGCCCGCAGAUAUUUAUUUAAUAGACGAGCCUUCAGCUUAUUUAGAUUCUGAACAAAGAAUUGCAGCCAGUAAAGUUAUCAAAAGGUAUAUUUUGCAUGCAAAGAAAACCGCGUUCGUAGUUGAGCAUGACUUUAUAAUGGCUACAUACCUCGCCGACAGAGUAAUCGUUUUCGAUGGGGAUCCAGGCGUGGAUUGUCGCGCGUCUACGCCGGAGUCUUUAGUAAACGGCAUGAACAAAUUUCUGCGGCUUUUAAAUAUUACAUUUCGCCGAGACCCGACGAACUUCAGACCCCGCAUUAAUAAACUCGAGUCCUGCAAAGACAAAGAGCAGAAGCUCGCAGGCAACUUCUUCGUCCUAGAUGAUAGCUAA